AAAUGCCUAACAUGGCUUCUCAGGUGAAAUUCCACCAAAUUACAGCACUUCACACUACAAUAAAUAUGGUAAUUAAAUGACUUGGUUAAUCCGUUUGCAUCCAGAAUAGACAUUACAACCCCGGUAACCUUGGCGUCGAUCGCAUCUUCCGUCCGACCUAUAAACCGUCUCAUUUCAGCAGGGGUGUCUGCCAUUGCGCAGCAGCCAACUAGGUGAAGGUGGAAAACACACGAGGAAGGAUGCUCCAAUAGUCCGUCGGGGUCCGUUUCUUCGGUCAGCACGUUCCGUUCCACAGUGAAACCUGCUUGACAUCGCCAUCCCCUUCCCAGCUCCCCCACUGUGGUCCGUCUCAGAUAUAUUGUCGCCCCCCCUCUCUUUAAUCCCCCAGAUUGCCGGCGACUUGCUGCAGUCGAUGCUGCAGUUUUGAGCCGCUCCUGCACCGGAGACCGCUGACUCAAUGAGAAAGACAUGCUCGCAUUCGUUUUGGUGUCUGGGUCGCUCUGGAUUAUAUUAGAGCUGAGUUCCACCCUGAUGGAAAAGAUGCAGGCCCAGGAGAUGAUGAGCGGCCUGAGGAUACCGGAGAUGGAUGAGCUUGGUCAGUUCUUUCGCUCCAUGCCUACUUCAACGCUGGUGGGAAUCGGCGCUCUGACCGCCGUGCUCGCGUAUUGGUUGGCUACCAGACCCCGCCCCAUCAAGCCGCCCUGCAGCCUGCUGCACCAAUCUGAGGAGGUGCCGCAUGAAGAUGGAGGUCGCAGGUCCAUGAUGGGCGACAGCUCUAAGCUGCUGACUCAUUACCAUGACGACGCCAAGACCAUGUACGAGGUCUUCCAGAGAGGCCUUCACAUAUCUGGUGAUGGACCUUGCUUAGGCUCCCGGCUCCCUAACCAGCCCUACAAAUGGAUGUCAUACAAAGAGGUGACAGCCCGGGCUGAGCAUCUGGGUUCAGGCCUUCUGCAUCAGGGCUGCCAGCCAAACCCAAACCAGUUCAUAGGAGUGUUCGCCCAGAACAGGCCAGAGUGGAUCAUCUCAGAACUAGCUUGCUACACCUACUCCAUGGUGGUGGUUCCCCUUUAUGACACACUGGGCCCAGAUGCCAUACGGUUCAUCAUUAAUACUGCUGAUAUCUCCACGGUCAUCUGUGACAAAGUAGACAAAGCGCAGGUGCUACUGGAUAAUGUGGAGCGGAAGGAGACUCCGGGACUGCGAAGAAUCAUCCUGAUGGAUGCCUCUGACUCCGCCCUCGUGGAGCACGGCAAGGUCUGCGGCGUCCAUGUGCAGGCCAUGCACGAAGUCGAGGCUCUGGGCAGAGAGCACUACAGAAACCCUAUACCACCAGUACCAGAUGACCUUUCCAUUGUAUGUUUCACCAGUGGAACCACAGGAAACCCGAAGGGAGUCAUGCUCACCCAUGGGAACGUGGUGGCAGAUUUCUCAGGCUUCCUCAAAGUGACAGAUAAAGUCAUUUCCCCCAACCAAGAUGAUUGCCUCAUUUCCUUCCUGCCACUGGCUCACAUGUUUGAGAGGCUCAUUGAGUCUGUGGUGUACUGCCAUGGAGGACGAAUUGGGUUCUAUCAGGGCGAUAUCCGUCUCCUCCCAGAUGACAUGAAGGCCCUGCGGCCAACUAUUUUCCCUGUGGUGCCUCGAUUGCUCAACCGCAUGUAUGAUAAGAUCUUCAGCCAGGCUAACAGUCCGUUGAAGCGUUGGCUGCUCAACUUUGCUGCCAAAAGAAAAGGUGCUGAAGUCAGCAGUGGGAUCAUUCGCAGUGACAGCAUCUGGGACAAAAUCUUCUUCAGCAAGAUUCAGGCCAGCCUGGGAGGGAGGUUGAGGAUGAUUAUAACAGGAGCAGCUCCUACCUCGCCCAGUGUCCUGGGAUUCCUCAGAGCAGCUCUGGGAUGCCAGGUGUACGAGGCAUACGGCCAGACAGAGUGCACUGCUGGCUGCACCUUCACCACACCUGGAGACUGGACCCCAGGUCAUGUCGGGGCCCCACUUCCGUGUAACCUCAUCAAACUGGUGGACGUUCCUGAAAAGAACUACUUUGCCUCUAAGGGAGAGGGAGAGGUUUGUGUGAAGGGACCAAACGUGUUUAAGGGCUACCUCAAAGACCCGGAGAGGACAGCUGAGACACUGGAUGCAGACGGCUGGCUUCACACUGGAGAUAUCGGCAAAUGGUUACCUAACGGCACACUGAAGAUCAUUGACAGGAAGAAGCACAUCUUCAAGUUGGCGCAGGGCGAGUACAUCUCCCCUGAGAAGAUUGAGAACAUCUACAUUAGAUGUCAACCUGUGGCACAGCUCUAUGUUCAUGGAGACAGCCUGCAGUCCUGUUUGGUGGGCAUUGUGGUUCCUGACCCUGAAGUCAUGCCUGAAUGGGCCAAAAAGAAAGGCAUAAUAGGCACCUACAAGGACCUCUGUAAAAACACUGAAUUAAAGAAGGCAAUCCUUGAAGAUCUGGUGCGUCUUGGCAAGGCCAGUGGCCUCCACUCAUUUGAGCAGGUGAAGAAUAUCUAUAUCCACAACGAGAUGUUCUCCAUUGAAAACGGCCUCCUGACGCCGACACUAAAGGCCAAGAGACCGGAGCUGAAGGAGUUCUUCAAGGGGAAGAUUGACCAGCUCUACAGCAGCAUCUCCAUGUGAAGGCUGGCAGACCUCAUUUUCCUUCAAGCGUCUUAACACUAAGAUCUGCUUUGACCAUUGACCUGCAGUGGGACAAAGAUGUGACAACUUAGGUUUAACAUGCUUUUGGAAAGCAAGCCAAAACUGGCCCUACUAUGGAAGAAUUAAAAUGCCCAAAUACAAACCACAUCAAAUAAAUAAAUUGAAAUAAAAUACACAUUGUUAUAUGCAUUUCCUUUUUAUGUAUGCAUUUAUUGUGUCUUAAUUACAUGAAAGCAUAUAUUAAAAAGAAAAUGAUUUAACUUCUUGUCUGAUAUUAAACAAAUAAAACAAAGUGGUGCAUUUCAGUGUUGUCCAGCAGAGACAAAGCACUGUCAUUCGUUUUUAUGAGGAGCUUUUUCUGUUUUUAAAAUGGAAACACGCUGUGGAUAGCAAAAUUAAAAUAAACAACUGUCCAAACAUGGUCACAUUAAAACAGUUUGAUGUGGGCUAGUUGACUGGAGGGACACUACUACUGUCUGUACAUUUAGUUUUGGCUGAUUCUUAUUUUUCUUGGCCCAAUUCUUGGUAAUGGAUGACUAACUAAAGUUAUUGCUGAUAGAUAGCUAGAAUCGCCUGACAGGCUGAAAGAAUUUAACUCUACUGGCAACUGCCAGUGUCACUUUUGUUCUGUCAGCAAAUUGCUAAAUUUCACAAGAUUACUGUUAAAAAUGACCUACUGUGCAUAAUUUACUCUCUGCUGGACAACACUGAAACACAAUACACCUUUUCACUUUAUUUUCUGUGUGAUUUUAACCGAACACUGGAAAAACAAUUUAGUUAUUAAAAGAAAA